ACGCACGCUUCACCCAGAUUAGACACACACAGCCUUCAAUUCUCUCUCUCUCCUCUUUCUCUCACUACAAAGUCCUCAAUUCCAUUUCAGUCCCUCCAAUGGGAGAGAGCUCAAUGGGUGGUGCGCUGGUCCCCACCGUGAAAUCCGAAUACUUCCAGGACUCCGCCGCCGAAACGGCGCCGUUUGACGACGAGCCGGACAAGGACAUGAAGUGUCCGAUAUGCAUGCAGAUCAUCAGAGACGCCUGCCUCACCGCCUGCGGCCAUAGUUUCUGCCACGUCUGCAUUUCAACUCACCUCCGCAUCAAGAGCGAUUGCCCUUGCUGCGCUAGCUCCCUCACCCCCGCCAGCAUUUUCCCCAAUUUCUUGCUCGACAAGUUGCUGAAAAAUGUUUUGGAUUCUCGGAUGGCGAAGAAUUUUGAACUUCUUAGUCGGAAAUUGAACAAGGGCUGCGAGAUUUCGAUCAAAGAGCUGGACGGCCUUUUGUCCUUGCUGGAAGAGAAGAGGAGAAAAAUGGAGCUACAAGAAGCCGAGAACAGCAUGGACAUCAUGCUUAGCUUCUUACAUUGUCUGAGAAGGCAAAAGCUUCAAGAGCUCAAUGAGUUAGAGGCCGAUCUCAGGUACAUCAAGGAGGACAUUACUGCCGUUGAGAGGCAUAGACUAGAACUAUGCAGCUGGGAACAGGAGAGGUCCGCAAAGCUGAGAAUGCUUGUUCCCGGUGAUCAGCAUGGCAACGGCAUUGCCUGCAGCACUCAAUAUGUGCAAGACCGGAUGAGUUCUUUCAACCUACAGAACAAGAGAGCUGAUGUAAACGGGCAAUCAAGCUCCAAGCUGCUCCAACUGAAGGAUGCUUAUGGAAGGUCUGAAAUGCAGUGUGUUACAACACGAGGAGUACUAUCAGUAGCAAGAAAAAGGCGUGUCCAUUCGCAGUUUAAUGAUCUACAAGACUGCUACUUGCAAAAGCGACGAAAUUGGAACAGACAGGAAGAGGACACAAACGCCAUGGACAUAGAAGGUUACAAUCCAGGCCUUGAAGAUUUUCAAUCUGUGCUUGCAAGCUUUACACAAUACAGUCGAUUGAGAGUCGUUGCUGAACUGAGUCACGGUGAUCUUUUUCACUCUGCUAAUAUUGUGUCAAGUAUAGAAUUUGAUCGUGAUGAAGAGCUCUUUGCUACUGCUGGAGUUUCACGGUGCAUCAAGGUUUUUGAAUUUUCCUCGGUGGUUAACGAACCAACCGAUAUCCACUGUCCUAUUGUGGAGAUAUCCUCACGAUCCAAACUUAGUUGCUUGAGCUGGAAUAAGUACACUAGAAACCAUAUUGCUAGUAGUGACUACGAGGGGGUAGUAACUGUUUGGGAUGUAAAUACUUGUCAGAGUAUGAUGGAAUAUGAGGAGCAUGAAAAGCGAGCUUGGAGCGUUGAUUUUUCAUGCACCGAUCCUUCAAUGCUUGUGUCCGGAAGUGAUGACUGCAAGGUCAAAAUUUGGUGCACAAAGCAAGAACCAAGUGUUCUUAACAUCGACAUGAAGGCAAAUAUAUGUUCUGUCAAGUAUAAUCCUGGAUCCAGCUUUUUCGUGGCAGUUGGCUCUGCUGACCAUCACAUUCAUUAUUAUGACUUGAGAAACAUCAGCCAACCACUGCACGUGUUCCGUGGGCAUAGAAAAGCUGUUUCGUAUGUAAAAUUCUUGUCUAACAACGAACUUGCUUCUGCAUCCACUGACAGCACACUGCGGUUGUGGGACGUAAAGGAAAACUUGCCCUUGUGCAUGUACAGAGGCCACAUGAACGAGAAGAACUUUGUAGGUCUUGCAGUAAAUAAUGAAUACAUUGCUUGUGGCAGCGAGACAAAUGAACUGUUCGUAUACCAUAAGGCCAUCUCGAAACCUAUGACUUGGCACAGAUUUGGCUCUUCGGAUUUAGGCGAUAAUGACGACGAUCCAGGACCACACUUUGUAUAA